GAAGUGGAUCAGCACUCGCUCUUUGAUGUGCCCUGGUGUGCAGACUGUGUGUGUGGACCUGGUGGACUGGCCUGCAACAGAAGCUGCCCUGAGCUCAGUUGGACCUGUGGACCUUUUAGUGAACAAUGCUGGAAUUGCAGAACAGCAGUCCUUUCUUGAGAUGACACAAGAUUCAUUUGACAGGCAUAUUGCUGUUAAUAAAAGAGCAAUAAUCCCGGUAUCACAGAUUGUGGCCCGUCAGAUCAUUGCACGUGGAGGGUCUGGUUCAAUUGUCAAUGUGUCCAGCCAAAUAUCUCAAUCACCAUUGAAGAAUACACGCGCCUACAAGGUUGAUGAUGUCACUAAUUCCAUCCUGUUCCUGCUCAGUGACAAGAGCGCCAUGAUCACCGGAUCCCGCCUUAACGUGGAUGGAGGCUACCUAAUCUCAUAGGCUCUAGACAGAAAAGACAUUGUGUGUUCAGAGCAUAGUACUGAUUGAUGCGUGUGAUUCUUUGUAGUUAGGCUCUGUUCACAUCCACGUUGCCAGUUUUUAUUGUA